CCACAACACACACAACCACUUUGACGUUUUAUUUAAAAUAUGGCGUUAACAAGAAAUCGUAUGUACUGCAUAUUUUUCGAUAAAAAUAUUGUGAAAAAUAUACGUGUGCGCUCAGUUCUGCUAUCAUCACCAAGCAAUGUACAUUACACACUUAUAAAUGGCACAACAGUUAAAGUAUCGUCACUAGAGAUGUCACUAAUUGGACCAUCAGUUCGUCGCUUGUUGGACUCCUAUGGUCUUGACAGGAAUAUCAUAAAAGCUACUGGUGAGAAAGGACAACUACUUAAAGGUGAUGUUUUGAAACAUAUCCAUGAAAAUUCCAUGACAGAAAUAAAAUUCAAGGCGAAAACCUCAAAAGAAACAUUGCCAAGUUCAAAUAUUCUCCAAUCAAAUAUUGGAUAUGUUGAUUUUAGUAUAUCAACCAUGCAACAGGACAUUGCUAGAAAACUGACUGAAUCAAAGAACAAAGUACCUCACUUGUAUAACAUGGUUGAUUGCAAAAUUGACAACUUGUUAAGACUUUGUGAAAAAUUUGAUGAACCAGUCUCUAUUUAUGAUUUUUUUAUCAAAGCAGUAGGUUUAGCAUUGCAUUGUGUUCCUAUGGUAAAUGCCAUAUGGUCAAAUAAUGGACCAAUUAGUCAAAAGGAUAUUAAUGUUGCUAUCAUGGUCAAUUCACCAGUUGGAACUUUAGCUCCAAUACUUCAAAAAGUUCAUGAAUUGGAUGUAGUAUUUAUAUCACAGGAGGUUUUAAAUUUGAAAGAAAAAGCUAUGAAUGGAUUUGUUGAUACCUCAAAAUCUUCCUCCUUUGCUGUUUCAACUCUUGAAAAUACUGGUGUAAAAAGUUUUACUGGUAUCCUAGAACCUGCUCAUUCUGCGUUACUAACAGUUGGUGAUUGUCAAAAGUUAGUUGGGAAAGAUAAACAACUUUCUAACAUUGUUCACAUUACCUUGUGUACAGAUGCUAGAGUUAUUGAUAAUCAGUUAGCUUCAAAAUGGUUGACUGUUUUUAAAGAAUUUGUAGAAAAUCCUUUUGUAAUGGCAUUGUAAAUGCAAUAUAUUAAGUUCCAGUUGGUGCAGUUUUCAUAGAGAAACAAAAUAUGACAACAUGUACGUUGACAGUCAAGGUUGUAAAUAUUUCAUGUGUAAACAAAAAGCAGAAUAUAGAAGCAAACAGUA